CGCACGUGUUUGAAAACUGUAGGGUCGGGAUGCCAUGGCUGACGAAGCAGACGACUGGAUAUUUGAUUCCAUUGCGUUAUAUCGGAAUCUGUUUAUGUAUGAUCUUCAGCAUGGAAUUACGGCCAUGGAUUGGACUAAUAACCAAAACGUCUGCAUUGCCACCUCCAGUGGAAGCAAACAUGAGUUGGCUGAACUCCAUCUUCCUGAUAAACUCCUCAAAACCAAUCAGGAAGAAGCAGGUUUGAUUAAGAACCGUGAUUUCCACAUGAAUGCUGGGUGUUACUGUCCUCAUCGAGUGGCCUGUCUUAGACAUGUUCCUAAGUCAAGGAUGAUUGUAACCAGCUCUGACACAGACACAAGUAAGAUACAGUUCUGGAAGCUUGGCAGUGAUGAUACUGAUGUGAUCAAAAAUAUUACAACAGUUGAAAACAUCAACAGUAAAGGCAGCCCAGCUCACAUUACACCUGUACCAGGUACAAGUCACAUGGUGUUUGGGUCUCACCUGGAUAAUCUGUGUACAGUAGACAGUAUUACAGGGCAGAUCACAUCAAAAGGUCUAGAAAGAAGUGAGAAGAUCAGCUCUAUGGGCUUCACUGAUAAACACACAUUGAUAUGCUGUUGUCAACACACUGGUGACCUUGUCACAUUUGACCUCAGGGAAGAUUCAAAAAAGGUCAAAUUUGGACACACUUCUAAUGUUUCUGUAGAUCAGAAAUGUUUCUGGACAUGUACUGUAACUGAAUCAGGUGUAUACAAAUUGUCAUCUACUGGUGAAAUACGUAAGACAGAAAAAUUUGAUUGGAGCCAUGAUGUGGGUUGUUGGUUUACUGAACUAAAAACAUUGUCAGGCAUCAACUACCUGACAAUAAAUGUUUUACCAAGAGAUGAAGAUAUAAUUUAUAUUUCUGGUUUCGACAGUAAUGUGUAUAUAUACAAAUUACCUAUAAUGUGCAGUGCAGAAAGCCAUAAAGAAAGUGAGAUGUCCAAAUAUUUUUUCAAACAUGAAGGUCAUUGGCAGAAUACAACUAUAGACAACAAGAAUGACCAGCUUACCACUGUGACUCAUAUACUGCAUCCAUGGCAACAGGAUGUGGCUCUUUCUGCAGCUACAGACGGUUCAUUGCAUGCAUGGCAGUUCAAUGAAGUUUAUGAUAAAUAAGAAGAAGAUCAGUGUAAAUUCUUUGAUUUUAUGUUUGUUGUCCAAACAGUCAGGGUCAUUUUGAGGGGAAUUUCCUGGUAAUUGGUCUUGCUCAAGGACACAAUUAUGUCAACACCCAUCAGAAUGAUUCUCAGCUACCUGAGAAAUACAAGUCACACUGACUUGAGGUUGUCACAACUUGGAUCUACAGGUAAUGUUCUAAAGUUCAAUGCCCUACCUAUUGAAAUACCUCUAGCCACUUAAAUGCUAACUAACUCACAGAUUUCAAGUAUUUAUGCUGCUGGUCAACAUUUGUAAAGUUUCACACACUUGUGCUUAUGUUGAUGAAAAUCUUGGUGGGUGUGAAAUGAACCAAUUAUAAGCAUGGGAAAUACUGUGGUACAUACUAAGAAAAUAGUGAGGAUUUUACUUGGAGGAUUGCAAGGCAAUAUAUAUCAUCAUGAACACAUUAAAAAUAUACUAGUUCUUAACCUGGGUGGUCUUGAAUCAUGGCCCACUUUUAGAGGUCACAAGAAAAUGUCCAUUAGAAUUAUUGUUCAUACGUAAUUGCAAUUUAUGUGCCUUUUACGAUAUGUAAACUUUAGUCUUCUCGCAAGUACAGCCUUGUAACAACAUGUACAAGCCGCCCAAAGAGAGUUAACAGGCACUAAUUCCCAGCUGUCUCAACUGGUUUGUUCAGUUUGUGUUUCUCAGUUCCCGGAUUCCCCGCCAAUAUGUUUCUUGGUUGACAGGUUUUUCCUCUCCGCGGCUUCUCCCGUGUUCCGGUAUCGUCUCCCCUACGAAUGUUCUGGCCAUCCGUAUGUUUCAGGUUACCUUGCCUUAUAAAGAUAUAGAAAGAGAGACUACCAACAAGAUAAUUAAGUUAUUUUAAUCAUUUUCAAAACAUAUAUUAAGUAUGUUUGUAAAUUCUGAACCGUGCAGUUUUUAAUUAAAACGUGGUAAACGGGUAACAACAGAGUCUACUACUCGAUCGGCAUGUCUCCAAAUUAUAUAAUUGAACGUGGUAUGUGAAUCCUUAACAAAAUCUUUUGUGUGGUUGUUUAUAUUGGAUACAUGUAUAUACCUUAAAUAUUUAUUAACAAAAUG